CCCCCGGCCAGCGCUCGUCGACUGGACUUUGAAGGUUCCUUCAAGGAUUGAAUCGAAUUGACUUUCCCAGUCAGCGCACUUGCCUAAACUCUCUCUCCCUUCUCACAUAGUGCCGAAAACCGCCUAACACACACUAUUGCCUCUCACAUUGUUCUGAUCGUCUGGGAGCGCGCUUCGGUACUCUUGCAACGCGUUCGUUGACUGCGGCGUCUUCGACGGGGGAAAUCUCCAUUCCCUGGCGUUGGCGGCCUCUUUCGACCCCCCCUGCUUGUCGCUGGCUCUACCAAGCUCUCAGUGUCAUGGCUUCCGUGCCUCCUGCCAUCGCUCACAACAACAACCACGACGGCGGUCUGGCCAACACCCCUUCGGAACCUAGUGACGCUCUUGAUCUCGAGCCGGACGAUCAUUCAUUGGCAACUGUCCCAGUCAAACACCAGCUCGACGGCACACUGGAGGAAGAGGCUCUGCACGCGCUGAGCCGUCGGGACCAUGUCGCCAUGGCUAACGGUCUUCAUGCCCGGCUCGCCGGUGCUCCCAUGACCCGCGAGAAGAUGGACGAGGAGGCCAUCGCGGGUACUGCAGUGGGAGCUGUCCUGGGUGUCGCUCUUGUGAUCUGUUGCCUCUAUCCUCUCAUCGUUCGCCAGCUCAAAAAGCACAAGCGCCUCAACUUCGACUCCGAGGUGGGGAUCCGAGGCAUGCCUGCCCUCUCGGUGCGCCGUCUGUCCUCGAGCGAUUCUUACAAGCGCAGCUCGUUACCGCGCGAGUACGACACUCAUCCCUACGACUCGUACCGCUACACCGGCGUGCCUCAAGCGCCACCCCUUCACUACGGCAACGCCAACUUGGACCCGAACAUCCCCAUUGAUCCAGUCACCAACAACCAAGACCAGCCCUUCUACCAAAGUCCCUUCCCCUACUAUGAGGGCCACGUUGUGCAGGGCCCGUUGGCGCCUCACCAGUAUGUUCUCAAGGGUACGAACGAGGACUACUACAGCCCUUACAUCCCUUCCGAAGCGUUUGGCAUGUUCCCGGAUCCCGAACCUGUUGCGCCUCCGCCACAGCCCGCGGUGGCCGCGUCGCGAGGCAAUUCGUUACGGUACAACAUGAAGCAGAUCUUUCGUCGCAAAACGGUUGGCGACCCGGCAACGAGCCCGCAGCCUUCGCAAGUCCCAGACCAUUCGACGCCGAAGGACAUGGCCCAGGUGGAACGUGGCGUACCGAUACAGCAAUAUGUUCAACAGCAACCUACCACCGAGGCCCCUGCCGAGAUGUCCAGCCGCGGGCUUCCACCGGAUGAAUUUAUGCAGCAGAAUGGCUCGCAAGUCUACUCGUCGUCGCAACCAACUCAGUCUGUCAUGGGCACUGUGAACCCAAUGGAUAUCAUGGCGCCUUCAACGGAGUCGGAAAUGUGGCACCGCACCGACUAUCAGCUCUUCACGACACCUUACAACCCACAGCAGAUGUUCGCGACGUACCCAGUGCAAUUCCAAAGCCUCCCAAACGACUACACGCAGAUGCAGAUGGCGUCAAAUCUCCCGAUACCCCAGCCUCCCCAGUACCUACCGCCUCCCCCACCACCGCAGUCCGCGCCGCCAGCGGCCCCGAUUCAGCAGGCGGUGUCACAGAAGCAAAGCCGGGCCGACAGCAUUGCCUCGCAAAGCGACAGCGCAUCCCGUAUGGGCAUGAUUCCCCUGUCACUCAAGGCUUCCAACACAGCGGCGCACUCUGAACUAUCGAGCUCCGCUCAAGGCACAGCCUCGACUACGACGCAGAGCACCCCUUCCACCCACGUCGACAGUCCCUCUCCCGAAUCACUCCAUAGCUCCGACUACGGCCACCAAGGCGGCUCACCUCACGGCAAUGGCGUUCCAUCGCCACGCGGAGGUGUUUUUGCGUGCGACGAGCCUGGCUGCAACCAAGUCUUUGACCAGCCACACAAGCUGAAGCAUCAUCAAAGAUACCAUAGCAAGGACCACAAGUGCCCGUAUCCGGCCUGUGGAAAGGGGUUCGGCACAAAGACCCAUUUGCAGCGGCACAUUAAUGAUCGCCACGAGAAGAAGAAGAAGUUCCAUUGCUCGAUACAGGGCUGUGAUUACUCGAGAGCCGGCGGCAAGGCGUUCCCCCGCAAGGACAAUUGGAAACGACACAUGACGAAGAUUCACGGCAUGGACCAUCGUGGAUUGCCCGAGCCCGUCGAGGUUGACUCGGAAAUGACGGGCUUGAAGCCCGAGAGCUGAUACCUACCCCGCAUCGUCCAUAUUGGUCGGAUACAGGGGUCUAGAGAGUUUUUGACUAUGAGCAUAUUGGCAUAGCUGGAGUUGGUGGUGAAUGUUUCCCCAGAGAACCUGGACAGGCAGGCAGGCAGGAUCAUGGCUCAGGAGUUGCCGCGAUUAAACAUACCGGACGGUCACACGCGACCCGACGAACAAUUGGAAUGACGUGCAUGACACAACUUGUCUUUUUCUUCUUUUGGUUGGGCCGGUCGAUUCGGCGGGCCUGCAUCGACUUGUCCAAUCCUCGUUUUGGCGCCUGCAGGCCCGGGGGACACACUCAUAUGGCGUUAGGGUAUGAUCUUUGACAAAGCUGGGCAAUACAACAGCCAAAGAUCCAUUGUGGGACGGCAGAAGGCGUUUUGACAGGGUCGAUUGUUAGAGCACAUUGAAUACCAUCUGAGCAACUACUUUUUACACACGUACGAUGACACUAUGAC